AUGGAAUCUAAUCAAACAGUGAAUUUGUAUGUAACGUAUGUAGAGAAAGAAGGACCUUUCUUGAAGAUAUGGGGUCAAACGGAGAAAAACAACGCAAUUUAUGUGGAACAGUUCCUUGCUGGUGCAAGCCAGCACUUCGAUAUGGGAGUCGGCAAAGUUCCACCACAAACUUUACAACCUGGUACUUUAGCAUGUGCAAAAUAUAAGGAUAACAAAUAUUACAGGGCUAGGAUUAUGAAUAUGUGCAUCCAGGACACUUUUGUAGAGGUUAGCUUUGUAGACUUCGGCAACAAGGACAUUGUGUCUUCGGAAAACAUCAGGAGCUUACAAAAUUUUCCCUCAUCAUUUAUUUCUAUUCCCCCACUGGCUAUAGGCUUUAUAUUUGCAGAGGCUCAUUGUGUAGGAGGUGGAGUUUGGGAUGAUAGAGUCUUUGAAAAUAUAUCCAAAGAAAUAAAGUACAGGGAAGUGCAGUGUCAAUUAUUGAUUCAAGCUACACAGUACUUCCUUGUAAAAAUCUACAUAGAUGGGACAGACUUAUGUUCUAUCUUGAUUCAACGUGCACUGAUGCAACCCAUCACUUUGCAAGCACAACAAGCUGUUUUACUCAGCAUGAGUAUGCAAAAACAGAUGAUUCAGCAAGUGGUUCAACCUGCUCAAACUACCACAGCUACAAUAAAUACUUAUAAAGCUUGCACUUUGGAGCCAGGGUGCCAAUACCAGGUGUAUGUUUCCUAUGUCAAUGAUGGACCUUGCCAGUUUUCUGUACAGCUCAAGCAAACUGAAGAUGCCUUGGCUAAAUUGAUGAGUGAUAUAAAUUCUGCUGGGCUAAGAUUGCUGGAAGACUUGCCUAUUCCAGGAACUAUUUGUCUAGCAAAGUGCCAGGAAGAUGACAGUGUGUGUAGGGCUGUUGUUACCAAUGAAGUUGACAAUCAGUUCAAGGUAUUUUAUGUGGAUUUUGGCAACUAUGAAGUAGUACCAAUUGAUGCCCUUUAUCAAAUUCCCUUCAAAUAUGUUCUUCCCAAAGUGAUGGCAAUAAGAUAUUCCCUUGCUGGUGUUGAAAAAUCCACCUUGACCAUGGAAAUGCAGCUAGCAUUUAAACAAUUUGUGGACAACCGCCUGCUUCACAUGAAAGUCCUGCCAACACCAACUAGGAUGGCUAUUCCCAAGUGUGAGCUGUGGGAUCCUGAGACUAAAAUUAGUGCUUUAGAGGUUGUGAAUCGUGCUGCUCAACAUGCAUAUCCUGAGCCCAUCUCAUUGACCAGAGGAUUCAGCCAAAAUGUCAAGGUCAGUUUUGUGUACAGCUGUAGCCGAUUUUAUGUCCAGCUGUUCAGCAAAGAAGUUGAGCUCUCAAAUCUGAUGACAGAAUUACAAGAAAUCUGCCAAUUGUCUGAACCUCUAGAUCCCAGCAUUUUGAAAGUAGACCUCCCUUGUUGUGCCCUUUUUGAUGGUGAUCAGCUGUGGUACCGCAGUCAGGUGGUGAACGUUAUGGGUGACAGGGUGAAAGUGCGCUACAUUGAUUAUGGUAAUGAGGAGGAGGUGCCCAGCGUGCAGUUGAGAGGUAUUGAGGGAGAGCAGCUGACGGUUUUGAGGCCGCAAGCGAUCGAAUGCUGUCUGAACGGGUAUCAGAACAUGGAGGACGAUGCUGAGAGAGAUGCUUUGCUGGAAGAAAUCGUUUUGGAGGGUGUGUUCACUAUGAAAGUAGUCGAAAUGCUGGAUAAAAAGGCGUUAGUGGACCUUUACGACGCCUCGAAUUACAACGUGGCAUCGUUGCUCUUGGACAAGAUAGCGGCCGCAAAGUCUCAAGUCAGUCCCAUGUUGGUGCAAGCCGGCAACAAGAUCGAGCACAGGAAGUCCCAUUCUCCGAAAGAGUGGCAGAAUAAUGGCAGAGAACAGAAUUUCAGAGGGGACAGAGAACGGAAUACGGGGAGGGAAACUAACACUUGGAAUGAACGAUCAAAUGAUCGAGCGGAUAAACCUUGGAGGCAAAAUAAUCGAGAAAAUCGAAAUUAUGACAAUUCAAAUGAUGGUAAUGAAAGAGGUUCUUGGAGACAAAAUAACAGAGGAUUUAGCCCGAAUACUCAGCGGUCCGACAACAGGGAUAACGCCCAGAAGCAGGACAGUUGGAACAACACGGCCAACAACAAUACCGAACCAGCCCCCACCGAAGAAUGGAACAACACUGGCUCGAACACGGUGGUGAACGACGAAUGGAACACCCCCACUAACGAUACCGGGUACGGAAAUGACAGGCGCCAGAAUGAUUACGGAAAGAACAGAGGAGGGUUUGACAGGGACAACAGGAGAGAUGGGAGAGGAGAUGGAAGAGGAGAUCGUUUUGAUGGAAAUCAGAGAGAUAGAGAAUUCAGAAAGAAGCCAGAUUACAGAGGAGGUGGCUCAGACGACGGCUCGGAGACGGGCUACCACAAGGGUCCGCGUACCAGCUCGCGCAACGACCGUCCCGCCUACCAAACCCGGCACGACCGCAACUUCGACUCGAAACCGCCGCGCCAAUCGUCGUUCGACGACAAGGCCGAGGAUUCGUGGAACGUGAGCGCCGUCACCGCCCCCACGUCGGAGCCCGUCCCCUUGGACCCCGCCCCCGCGACGGCGGUGUACGGUAGUUGCGAGGUGGUGGGGACGGAGGGGACCGUGGGGAUCAGUUGGUUUCACAAUCCGGGGCUGUUUUACUGUCAGCUGUUGGAUUUCCAGGACAAGUUCAAAACGAUGAUGGAGGAGAUCCAGCAGUUCUACAAGAACAGGAAACCGGAGCGCGCUGUCGUCGGCGCGCCCGUCAUCGGUCUGUUCCCCGAAGACAACGUCCUCUACCGCGCCCAGAUCCUGCAAGCCACCGGCGCCGAAUACAAAGUCUACUACGUCGACUUCGGCAACGUGUCCACCGUGUCGAAGGUGUGGCCCAUCGAGAAGAGGUUCAUGGAGACGCCGGCGCAGGCGAUCGCGUGCGGGCUGCGCGGGGUAGGUGGUGUUGGGGGGGACUGGGGCGACGCGGACCGGUUCGGGAGCUAUUUCGACAAGCCGAGCUUCGUGUGCCGCUUCGUGGAUAAAGUGGAGGGGAAGACUUUGGUGGACAUAUUCCAUGGCUCUGAAGACGUGGCCCAGCAGCUGAUGCGCGACGGACUGGCCGUGUCAACGCUGACCACCGUGCCGGACAUGGAGAUCGCCCUUUUGCUGGGACAACAGCUCAGAGCGACGCUGAUGAGCGUCAACAAUCUAUCCGACAUCAUGAUAGUACUGGAAUGCGGCCUAGCUGUUAGUUGUGCUGCUCACAAUUUGGCGACAGCUACCGAGACUUUUGAGGAUACCUUGAAAGGUCUUCUGGAACAAACUGUGAUUGUUUAUGUCGAUAAUGUUAUAGAUAAUAAGUUAGAAGUCACCUUCUACGAUACGGAAGGCAACAAACACGUCAUCGUUGAGCCGGAUGAGGGCGCAUUCGAUACGGUCGAGCGAUUAUGUCCUUUGCCGGUCCUGCGUUCCACCCUAACCGGCUACGUCUCCUUCGCCGACUCUACCAGCAUUUUCCUUCAACCGACGGAAUAUUCAGAACUGCUGGCCUAUCUGCUGGACCAGCUGUUCGCCACCUAUGAUGGACAGACCCAGGAAACCCCUAUCGUGCCGGAAGAGGGCGCCGUUUACGCGGUGCGCAGCGAGGACGGCAACUGGUACAGGGGCAGGGUGGCGAGUUUCGACGACGAGAAGGCCGUGGUUGGUUACUUGGAUUACGGGAACUCGGAGAGUGUCGGUUUCGCGGAGAUCAGGGAGUUGGAGGGCAAGUUUUUGGAUAUUUGUACGCUGAGUCUGCAGAUCAUCACCCCCGAUGCUGAAUCGUUCCUCGACAAAGACGUCACCGCCACGAUAGCUUACGGCGAAAACGGCUGGGAGGGCAUCGUCGUCCUCUCCGAGUCCACCGUAAUUUCCGAGUCGACCGUAAUUUCUGAGUCGAUUGCCUCGACACAACCCGUCAAAGAUCAGGACGGAUCGGCUGAUACCGGCUUCGUGACCUCGAGCCUGGAACGACCGGAAUCCGAGGUGGCGCCCGAGGCCGAGAGCGACGAGAGCAACAGCAGGGCGGACAAAGUGGGAGUCGAGACCACGGCGGUCGAGGAAGUUGUUUCGGGGACGGAGGAAGGGCUGCCAAGCGUUCCGAUCAAAGGACAACCGGUGUUCGCCAGCCACGUAGACUCCCCCAACGAGUUCUACCUACAAUUCGCCGAAUCCCUCAACGCCAUCGAGGAACUGCAAGCCGAACUGCAAGAACAAGUCGCCGAAAUGCCGCCGAUGGACAAUCCGGCGACGGGGAUGUUCUGCGCCGCCCCCUACUCGGUGGACGGGCAGUGGUACCGCGCCGAGAUCCUCGACGCCGACGCCGAUAUAACGACGGUGCGCUUCGUCGAUUUCGGCAAUACGGACGUGAUCGAUAACAAGACGACGCCGGUGCGGACGCUGUCGUCGAAGUUGCUGUCGCUGGCGCUGUACGCGACCAGAUGUAGUCUCAAGGUAAAACCCAAAGACGACGAGUGGAGCACCAUAACCCUCGAAGUGUUCGAGAAGUUGGCCCUGGCCGAUAGUCUGUCGGCCGAGUUCCUCGACCAGGACGAGAAAACGAGCUACGUCGAACUGUACUCGGACGGCGUCAACGUCAGAGAGGGGCUGGUGCAGCAGAACCUCGCCUUACCUGCCGACGAGACGAUGGCGGAACAGAAACCUACCACCGGAUUUGUCAGCCAUCUGAAUUCGCCAUCGGAGUUCUGGGUGCAACUGGAGAACUGCGUGGACGAGCUCGAGUGGAUAGCCGAACAGUUAAGCGCGGCCGAGACGUUCCCUGAGCUAGAAGACCACACGCCCGGCACCUUGUGCGCCGCCCUCUUUCCCGACGACCAGAUGUGGUACCGCGCCCGGAUCCUGUCGAACACCGUGGCGGGCAUCGAGCUGCUCUUCAUCGACUACGGCAACUCGUCGGUGAGCGACCAGCUGCGGCAGCUGCCCGAAGACCUGGUGGCGACGGCGGCGCUGGCGCAGAAGUGCUGUCUGCUGAAGCCGGAAGGGGUUCAUGUAUGGAGCCAGGAGGCGUGUGCCAAGUUCACCGAACUCUCGCUAGACGGCCAGACGAUCUUCACCGUGAAGAAGCUCGCCACCGACGAAACUUCAACCGUGCAACUCCUCCUCGCCGGUCGUGACGUCACCGAAUUACUGGCUCCGAUCACUGAGGAGGGGUACGUGAAGGAGGCCGAAACAUUGCAGAAGUUGCGGAUCGAGAAGGCCUCGGGCGAGGCGGUGGAGGGAGAGUUGGAGUUGGAGCCGUUGGCGGGGCAGGAGUUGGCGGUGGAGGCGGCAGAGAAGUUCGGGGAGUUGAACCAGCAAGGUACAACCCUGUUCCAAAUCGAGUUUGUCAAUGAACGUACAGUUAGACUGUACCUGAACGGUCAAGACAUAAGACCACAACUUGGAGGCAUGCGUAGUGCAUCCUGCGACAAUUCACAAACCGAAAACGAUGCUCUUAUUGAAGGCACUGAAGCGGUAGAAGGUGCCGAAGAAUCGGAAUCCACAGCCGAACAAAUAGAACUGACUGUUGAAUCUGAUGUCACCGAAAAUUCACAUGAAAAUGGAAACAAAGAUAGUACUGAAUUAGUCCCAGAAGUUUGCGAAAUGAUCCACGAUCUGCAGACUGAAGUUUUGAACAAGAUUGAGCAGACUAUCUCCAGUGAAGUUGAUGAUGUCACUGAACAUUUCCAUGAAGACACAUACAGAGAUAGUACUGAAUUAGUCCCAGAAGUGUGCGAAAUCAUUCACGAUCUGCAGACUGAAGUUUUGAACAAGAUCUCCAGUGAAGUCGAUGAUGUUCACACCAAAAUAGAAGUUACUUCGAAUUUAGAAGAAGACACGGGAGUUAUUGAAGAAAAAUCGUCUUCAAGUGGAAUUCUAUUACCGACUAGUGAUAAUGAUCCAGAGGGAGUAGUAUCUCUUGAAGAAGUAAAUAUGCAACAGAUAAAACCGGACCAUGUAGUAGAAAAUGUAAUAGGUUCAGGACAGUCACAUGAUGAACAAACUUCCAAUAUUCACAGUGAAGUAAUCUCGAAGACUCAUGAAAACAAUUCAAAUAUUGACGAUAACCGAACUACACUACCUCCAGGUGCAGAGUCCUCUGAAAUUAAAAUAGAACCAGAACAACUUUUAGUUUCACAGGAUUCAGAGCAGUCACCUAACAUUGAACAGACAUUAGUGGUUAUGUCUUCUGGAGAAGCCAAUGAUACAAAGAUUGAUCAUGAUAUCCAGAAUGAUGAAAUCACGGCGACAGAUGGAGAUAAUCCGGAUAACCAAAUAACUUCCUUGAAGAGCCCUGAAGAUGUAAUCAUACCUUUGAUAGAUUCAUCAAAAAUUGAACAAGAACCAGAACAUCUAGAAGAUGUUUUGGAUUCACAAACCCCAUUGCAGCUACAUGAAUAUGUUGACGAUAACCAAACUACAAUACCUCUAGAUGCAGAGUCCUCGGAAAUUGAAAUAGAACCAGAACAACUUUUAGGUCUACAGGAUUCAGAGCAGUCACCUGAUAAUGAACAGAAACUAGUGGUUAUGUCUUCUGGAGAAGCAAAUGAUGUAAAAAUGGAUCAAUAUAUCCAAAAUGAUGAAAUCAUGGCGACAGAUGGAGAUAUUCCGGUUAACCAAAUAACUUCCCAGAAGAGUCCUGAAGAUGUAAUCAUACCUUCGGUAGAUUUAUCGAAAAUUGAACAAGAACCAGAACAUCUAGAAGAUGUUUUGAAUCAUGCUAACCAGGUCUCUUCUGAAAAUUUGACGGCAACUGUAGACCUAGAUGUGGAAAUGUCUUCUGAAGAGAAAUCUCAGAGUCAGAUCAUUUCAACCAUAGAUAAUUCGCUAGAACCAGAAGAUUCAGAAUCUGGAUACGAACCUGAAAUUGUGAAGAUGAAAUCUGAAGUUGAUCGACAAAUUGAUCUAACAACGGAAGUUCUCGAAGAUGAAAUUGGAGUUUCCCACAAAUCUGAUGAAUCAUCAGAAGUAGAAAAGGCUGAUGAGUCCAUUAGGGCAAUGGAAAAAUCUAAAAUUCGUGAUCAGGAACAAGAGUUGAUCCAAAGAAUAGAAAGCCUUUCUGCUAAAGGCCAAAGUCCCAAAAAAUUGUCCUCGUCCAGUUCUAGUUCCACAGCACGAAAAACAUCAAUACCCUCUAAAGUACCUUCCCCAAUGAAGCACAGCGAGAAAUCUUCACCCACUAAGGAAUCCCCUAAGAAAACAUCUCCCAAAAAAGUUACCCCUACAAAAGUGUCACCUAACAAGGAAUCUACCAAAUCAACACCUAAUUCUCCUGUCAAAGUGUCGCUCAGAAAAGAUUCUCCCAUCAAAGUAUCUCCUGACAAAGAAGCAACCAAAUCCGUGAAGACGUCACCUGUUAAGAAAGAAUCAUCCAAAUCGCCAAUUAAAGAAGGCACAACCGUGAAAAAGAACAUCCUACUAGAUUCGGUUAAGAAAAUGUCCCCUUCAAAAGUAGCCUCACCAGCCAGUGCCAGUGCAUCCAAUCACGAUGAGGAAUUAGCUUGUCUUAGUAGGCCGGAAACUCCCAGUGAGGAUAAUUCAGAAGUCGAGGCGAUAAUGAAGAAUACCUUGUUGAAAAGUGGGGUUAGGAGCAGGCCUCAGAGUUCCUGUUCCGGAAGGGUGAGCUUCGAUGAAAAGAUCGUUCCUGCGUGUAUUUCCAGACCGGAAACUCCUAAUGAAGUCGAUUCAGAAGUUGAGGCUAUCAUGAAGACGGCCUCGAUGAAAAGUGAGGUUAGGAGUAGGCCUCAGAGUUCAAGUUCCGGGAGAAUGAGUUUCGACGAUAAGAUCGUACCUGCCUGCAUUUCUAGGCCAGGAACGCCUGUUGAUGAUAAUUCGAAAGUGGAGGCUACAUCUAAGAAAAAUGAGGUUAGGAGUAGACCACAAAGUUCGUGUUCUGGGAAGAUGAGCUUUGAUGAAAAAAUCGUACCUGCUUGCCUUUCAAGGCCAACUAGUGCAUUGGAAGGUGAUUUAGAAGUGGAUGCGGUCUUGAAGAUUUCAGACGAUUUGAAAGAGAAAAAUAAGGUUGAGAGUAGGCCCGAGAGCGCUUGUUCUGGAAAGAUGAAUCAUGAUGAGAAAAUUGUGUCUGCUGCGUUAUCUGGGCUGCAGACAACAGUUGACGAAAAUGCUGAUGUUGGAGUUUCUGAAUAA